AUUUGGAUGUGCGGUUGUUUAUUUGGAUUCCACAACAACCUCGAAGUAGCAUCAUAAUCUUCAAGAGGAAUGCGGGAUAUUUUGUCCUAAACAACAUCACAUCAUAACAGGUUGAAGAUGUCAGGGAAUCUGUCAGUGGUUGCCUUUGAAGGCGAGUUGAAUGCUAUUGUCAGAGAAUACUUGGACUUCGGAGGUUUUGACAAGACACUUCAGAAUUUUGACAAAGAAAUCUCAGGCAAAGGCAAGCCCUUGUCCACCACAGAAGGCAAGGGACCUGUCUCACAGAAACAACUCACAGCUCAGAAUGAGAUGUUGGAGGCAUUCCACAAUGGGAAGAGGCAGAAGUUCUUUGACCUAUGGAGCAAGACGCUGCCGAGACCUCUACUGGACAGUGACUCAGUGGCACAGAAGAUCGAGUUCUACCUGAACAUCUACUUUGCUGUGUACCCCAUCAAGUUUGCUAAAGGACAGACAAUUGCAGAGAAGAACAUGCAAGAGUUCAAGAACUUUCUUGAGACAAGGGGAGCUACUCUUAGCCAGACGACAGAGUUCUUGCCCUUUUACGCUCUUCCAUUUGUGCCUAACCCAAGAGGACAUCCAUCCUACAAAGAGUUGUUCACGGAUAUGUGGUCCAAGGACCUAGAGGUGAGGCUAGAGAAGUUCCUGACCUUGUCUUUGAAGUCAACACCCCAGCCCCGGCUGUUCGAUCUAUAUAGGGGGACAUCUAUUGAAGGGAGAGAUCAUUUCCAGCAAGUUCAGAUUUACCAACAACAGUUGGUGGAAGCUGAGCGCAAAACCAUGUCAUACAUUAAACGACACAACAAAGUCCAGGCAGACUACCACAGUUUGAUAGGCAUCACAGCAGAUCUGGUGGACGCACUGGAACAGACUGUGCAGGGGAAAACAAUUAGCCCCGAAUACCUACAGCAGCUGUGUGGGAGACUGUUCAGUGCCCACAUCGGUCAGUCUGUGGACUUCAACAACCGCCCUGGAACAGCUGGGACCAUGCUGAGACAGUCUGUGCAUCAGCCUCAGAGUCAGCCCAAUGUGUUGGAGAGACAGGAAGAAGUGCAGCUGCAUCUGGACUAUGAGAGGCUGAAACAGGAUCUGCAGUCGGCACUGGAACGCAGGAAGUGUCUUCUUCUGCAGGCUCUCAGAUGGCGGCUGACGCAGGCCUCCAGUCCUAUGGCAAGGGACGCUGCUAUACGGGCCUACAUACAGCACGACGUGCUGGGAUGUGCAGCACCGGGAACUCACAGGGUGGCUGUCCUGUCAUUGUUAACAUCUGCCGAUCCAGAAGUGAAGCAAUGUGCAGCAAGACUGUUUAAUGCAUUUGCCUCCCUUAGUUCAGGUCGCACAUACCUGGCCCAGAACCAGGACCUGUUUAAGGGUCUGAUGGACAACCUACGCAGUGAGGACAAGGACUCAAUCACUCGAGAAAUGGUGCUAGGAGCAUUACAGAAACUUAGCUUACGACGUCAGUUGCAGUCGGCCAUGAUAGACAACGGCCUGAUAGAGUGGCUGGUGAAGGUGCUGGAGGACAACGACUCCCUGUCAGACUACACGCUGGAGUAUUCUGUGGCCCUCUUGAUGAACCUUUGUCUUAGAACAUCUGGCAAAAAGCGGUGUGCCCCGAACGCUAACCAGACACUGAAGGUUCUUAGUGACCUACUAGGACAUGACAACCAGGAGAUCCGUCCAUAUGUUAACGGGGCGCUGUACAGUAUCCUUGCUAUAUCCACCUUACGAGAGGAGGCGAAGGCAAUGGGCAUGGAAGAAAUCCUGCGCUGUUUCAUCAAGGAGGACCAGCCGGACAUGAACCGACAGAUUGAGUUCAUAAUCAAACAACUCAACUCCACUGAAAUGGUGGAUGAAUACGAGUCAGAUGAUGAGGAUGAUGAUGAAGAUGAGGAGGACCAGGAUGCUAUGGAGGUGGACCUUGACAAGGAUGAGAUCAUCAGGGCCUCGGGGGAUGAGCAGGUGGGGGAGAAGCUGCUACAGGAGUAUGUUGCCGGCGUGAAACACAAGAAGAGGCAUACAGACUCUGUGAUGUCGCAGGAUGGUCCUCUACAGCGCCCUGUCACCCCAGGUCAUCGGCGGGCAGCAGCAGACGGGAGCCGCCCUGCCAGCCAGGCCACGGGUCGACCUGACCCCGGGGUCAAGGACAUCACUGUGCGCCCACCCACCCGCAGUGGCAGCAGGCCCGGUACACAGGAGAGUGAAGUCAGGAAUUCUUCUAGGCCUCAGAGUGCAAAAUCAUCAGGGGGGACUACACCAAAAGUCAUUAAGCCGGGAAAUCCGGACUACGACAAGGCGUUCGGUUCCAGGCCACGUAUUCCUCGGACCCCUGACCCCAAUGCGGCCAAGAGACCGUCGAGCAGGGGCUCUAUCAGCCAGAUGCCUCCUGCACCCCAGUUCUCUGAGUCUGGUCCUAGGCCCAGUUCUGCGGGUAAAUCAGACAACUCUCAGCCAUGCAGACUUGGUUUGUUCUGUACACCGGGUGGAAGUAUAAGCCCAAGAAAGGCAUCAGCAGGCAGCACUCUUGACAAUGGGAUGAAGUAGCCUUUGACCUUUAACCUUGGCCUCCUGAGGUCACUGCAACGGGUUUAAUAACUACUUACAUGGGUUUAGUGAAAAUAACCCUAUGCAUUUAUGCUAUUUUGUGAUGUCAAUGUUUGGAGUAAGCUUUAAAUUAUUGAAUACUUAUCUCUGUGUUUCUUGUGAACUAGGAGUCUUUGACAUCAAGAAGACUUAGUGAAUGUUUACAUCUGUGUUUCUUGUGUACUGUCUGACAUCAGAGUUUUGCUUUUAAUUUUGACCUUGUAAUAGGUUAAACACAACUGUAUUUAGUGUAUUUCAAUUGGCUUCUGAAAUUUGACAUUCAAUUUUUUAACCUUUAUGUGUAUGUUAUAAACUCCUUAUUGUUAUUGUGUUAAAAAGGUAAUACAUAUUUUGAAACAAUUAUAAUUAAUUAUAUUUGAUUUAAUUAUACAAUUUUAAAAGAUAAAACGAUUUUCAUUAAUAUAAUGUUCUUUUUUCAACAAUAACCUUCUUAUAAAAUGUGAUUUUCUAUGAAUAUUAUAACCUUAUUACCAUGCAUGUCAUAUUCUUUAUGUCAGCAUUAUUUAAUAAGCAGAAGGCUUUUGCAUUCUUAAUCAUUUUAUCUGUUAACAUAUCAGAAUGGACAUAACAGUGUGUUUAUCAUUUGGAUGCUAUACGUAAAUGUUUGUUUACCAUCUUAUAAUCCAAAAAUGGCAUUUGUUGCAUAUAAGUAUUUAUAAUAGCCGUCCAGUGUAUUUACAUGUACUUGUCUCAAUGUAAGAGUCUCAUGUGAUUGCCAUAGAAAGUAUGCUUUCAACACUAUGAAUUUAUUUUUUAUUGCAUUUAGUUAAUGCAUUAUUUUUUUAAUGUUUUUUUUUAUAGAAUAAAUCAAAACAUUUGUUUAAUGAAAAUCAUAUUGAUUGUUUUAAUCAUAUCAAUUAUUUUUUAGCAUUAUGAUUUUAGGAUAAUUUUGUUCUCUUGUAAAGCAUAUAAUAUUAGGUUUAUAUGUCAGUUUUAAAAUAGGUUUCUCAGUGUAUUUAUCUGUGAAAUUAAUUACUUAAAAGGACUGACAUGAAUUAACUGUAAAGAUAUGGGAAUGAUUCAGAAGUGUAUAAAGCCUAUUUAUGCCCCAUUUGGAAGGUCAAUGCCAUACUUAAAAGCCAAAGUUAAAAUUGUUUCAUACAAAUUUUGCCUCACUUCAAAUGACAGCCAUCAGGGGAAUGCAUUUGACAUGUAUCACUCAUCUCCUGACGUUAAAGGUCAAGGUCACAUUUAGAGGUCAAAGUCAAAUUUGAACCUAAAACAGCGGGUUUUAGACAUGAGUGCAGUUCUGAAAACAGUACAAUGUUGAGCCAUCUUACCUUCUGGACAUGACUUGUUCAACCUUCACAUAUGAGCCGUGCUCUGUCAAAAGGGGGUUAAAUGCAUACCGGGGUAAGCAUAAGUGUCGUACCAGAUGAGCCUGUGCAGUCUUCACAGGCUAAUCAGGGACGACACUUUCCACAUCAACCCAUGGACUUUUGCAAAGCAGAGAUUUACUGUAAACAAAAAAAUACUAUAGAAGCAAAAAGUGUCAUCCCUGAUUAUCCUGUGCAGACUGCACAGGCUUAUCUGGGACGACACUUUAAGCACAUUCAUGAAACCCCCUUUUCACAGAUCACAGCCCAUAAAAAGUAACUCAGUGAUUUAUGAUUGAGGUGUCUAUUUCUGUUUUUAUCACAAAUAAAUAACAAACAGCUGUUUCAAUAAGUAGUUGUAUUUAUUUUUUUUUGUAUUCUCAAUUAUUUGAAUCUUCUUUUAAUAAACAUUAGAAUAAUUAGGUAAGUAGAGUACUUGCAUUUAUACCUCUUACUUUUUACUUGCAUUAAAUUGGUGUCACAUCAUAACCCUAAUGUCUAUUACUUGUACAGUUCUGUGGGAACAUAUUUGUGAAAUUCUCUGUCUUAUUCUCUAACAAGCAGCCAAAAUGUUUGAUUCUCCUUUAAAAGUCACAGACAUCUUGGCAUCUUGGGCAAUUAAGACUGAAGGAUGAUGUAUGGCAAAUGUUGGAUCUAAUAACAGAAUCUGAUGCUGUCUGUGAUAAAUGUUUGCAUAUCAAUGAAGCUGAAUUCAUAAUUUUGACUUAUCUCUCUUUUCUUUGUUUGCUUUGUGUUAAUUUUUGGAAAUUAUUUUGUAAGCUUGACAUUGAGAAGAGUUGCUGAACGCUGAAUUUUGAUCCAUGUUCUUACAUUUACCUAAAGUAACAUUACUACUUAAAAUCAACAACAAUUUCGUACAAUAUUUGGUAAAAUAAAGCUAAACAAUUAAAAAUCAUUGUUCCUUAUGGCAAUUGCUAAAAUUUCCACGUCAGAUGUGGUCUGGUAAAAUAGAUGUUUGUAUAUACAAAAUGCUCGUUUUUAUUAUUGUUUUGCAUAUUUAAUUCCAUUUUAAUUUCCCACAAAGAUAUCUAUUCAUACGACACAUAAACACUAACAUGGUUCCAUUUUAGUGUUUGUGUGUCGUAUGAAUAGAUAUAUUCGCGGGAUGUUAACAAAUUGUGUCACAAAUAAAUAAAAACAAGCGUUCUGUAUCUACAAAAAUGUAUGUAAGCAUACCACAUCUAGCUUUACAAUUGUGCCUAUAGCUUUAAGGAACAUUGAUUGUUUAGGUGUUUAUUUUACAAAAAUACUUUACAAAAUUUUCAUUGAUUUUGAGCGUUAUAGAGACUUUAAUCUUUCAUUGAAUACAUUUGUCACCAAAGGUCUGUGGACUAUGAAUUUCGAUUUGGGAAACAUAUGUUUUAUUGUGGUAAUGACAGUGCUGAUAAUGGCAUAGAUGAUAAUGCAAGUACAAAAAGGAACACUAAUGAUGAUGACAAUACAGAUAAUGACAAUACUGAUACUGAUAAUGACAUACUGAUAAUGACAGUUCUGGUUAUGACAGUACUUGUAAUUGCAGUGCUGAUAACGACAUUGAUAAUGAUGGGUACCCAGUUUUAUUUUACUUCUGUCAUUUAUAGGAUAUGUGUGUGGAAAUAUUUGCCCUGCUUAAAUGUGAUUCUUGUUAGUGAUAUUAUUUGAUAUAUUUAUUUAUUCAAUAAAACGUAGUGAAAUCA